AACAUCCUGAUCAUCGUUAGGACAGGCUCUACGAACACUUUUGGGCAGCAAGCGUAUCGACGACUCUAAUGGAUGGAUUAUGGCUCGACAGUAUCAAUUUGAACUUUGAUCUGCUCGAUGUGAAUGUAAUCCCCUUACUGGUUGCAAACCCAUGGACCAAAUCCCAUCUCUGUUUCCCCUGGAGACUGCCAGGACCAGUUAUAUGCCAGCGUGUGUAUCUGGUGCCAGAAUCUGAGCCAGAGCUUCCUGCCUAUGAUUUGGAGACCGGAGAGCUUGCACCAGCUGGGCACAAUUUUGUGCCGCUGAAAGCCCUGGAGAAGUACCACCACACGUAUGUGGAAGGCGCCAAUCGAUAUAAGGUGAAUCGUAACUACUUUGACAAACAAAAGUUCUAUACACACGAAUGGGAUUUUUUCUACAUCUACCCACCACCAGAGUUGUCUCCCAACGCAAGUGUGUUGGUGCCACUCGCUCAAGUGGAGCACUUCAUCUGGAUCAUAAACAGACACCUGAAAACCCACCUCGGCAUACCAAUCAUGGAGAGAGACCCCGGAUUUAUCAUCGACUGCCCCAACGAUGGCACGCCCCGUCCAAGAUACAUUGGUCGUUCGAACGACUAUGAAACAGCGGUCCUUACCAAAAAGGCCAUCCCCUCCAAAGGGUACAGGCCACCAAACGAACCUGCUUCGAGCACCAAACCAUCCGAUGAAUCCCUAGAGGCUUUCAAAGAGAGGAUGGAGGAGAUGCUCGAGAUGGACAGGAAGAAGAAGCAAGCUCUCAAGACGAAGAAGCAAGCUGAGCGAUAUGCGAAACAGCAGGGAUGGAACCAUGUGACGAAGCGUGUGCAGCGUUAUCUUGGCCUCAGAGAGAGGCAGACAGAGGUUGAUGAAUGGGGCAUCAAAAUUUCAGCUCCUAGCCCUGGAGAUGGUCUGGCUAAAAUCGAAGCUGAUCUAGCUAAGCUCAACAUCAAGACGCAGAUUGAUGUCACCAAACCCGCGCCCUUCGAGCAGGAAUCAUCGGUGGUUUUCAUCUGUGUUGACAUCGAAGCCUACGAGAAAAACCACAGACUCAUCACAGAAAUCGGAAUCGCUACACUUGAUACAGCGGAUAUUACGAACAUCUCCCCCGAAGAGCGAGGGACAAGCUGGUUCUCAGCCAUCCGCGCUCGCCACUUCAGAAUAAAAGAGUAUGGCCAUCUGAACAACACAGAAUAUCUCCAAGGCUGCGCCGACAUGUUCCGCUUUGGGACAAGUGAAUGGAUCAAAAUCGCCGACGCCCCCAAAUCCGUCGCCGACUGUUUCAAGCCCCCCUUCUCCAACCCCCUCUCCCUCUCCCCCAUCGACCCCUCUGAAAAACGCAAAAUCGUGCUCGUCGGCCAUGACCUCCCCCAGGAUAUCGCCUUCCUCCGCCAACUCGGCUACGACCCUGGUAAUCUCCCCAACCUCCUCGAAUGCACCGACACCGCGCACAUGUACCGUGCGUUCCGGCGGGAACCUAACAAUAGCGGGCUGGGGAAGGUGUUAGCCGAUCUCGAUAUCGCGGGGUGGGACCUCCAUAAUGCUGGGAAUGACGCGGUAUACACGCUGCAGGCCAUGGUGGCCAUUGCUGUCAAGGCGCUGGUUGAGAAACAGGACAUCCGAGAGAGGGAGAAGGAGGUUAUGGAGCAGAAGAUCAAGGAGGCCAUGGAGGCUGCGGCGGAGGUGGUGAGGGAGAAUAAGGAGGGGUGGAGCUCGGGGGGCGAGGAUAGUGAUGGGGGCAUUCCGGGGCCGCCGUUGGGGGAGGAGAAGACGACGCAGCAGCACCAUGGACCGCCGGGGAUGAAUAGGAAGGAGAAUUCUGGGCGUGGGGGGUCGAAUUAUGGGGCUGCGAGGGGGGCGAGGUCGUCGUGGAGGCGGGGGAGUGGGUCGAAUCUGGCUCCGGUUCGUAAACCGGCGAGGGAGGGUAAUGACGCAGCCCGAUCUGGAUGGUGGUAGUUGUGAAGGUUUUACGUUAGGGAGCAAUCGUUGAUUUUCAGCUAUGGUAGCUCUUUCGACACUGUAUCAUAUAUGGCACCACGGGAUGGACGGGGGCAGAACACAGCUGCUGAGCAGGUAGCACUAUUCUAGACUGUAGAAUGGACAAUGCAACAGCC